AUGCAUUUCUCAGGCUGCAUUGCAGUCUUGCUGCUGCCACUUCUGAAAUUGGCUUGCCUGGUCAACUGCCUCCCUUCCCCAACCGGAUCUUCAGAGAGUGGCCAGUCCUGCGCCAACACCACGGACACGUUUGAUGAGGCUGGCAUCGUUCUAGUUCCUCAGCUCACACCAGUCGGCAUGUAUCAUGGACACACAUACAGCGGAUUUGGCACCUCGUCAGAAAGCUUGCUGCUGGGCACCGUCAAUGGAGUCACCCCAAAGUCGUCACCAAAUGUGGCCUCUAGCACCAUCGUGAACGAUCUCAUCCAGGCUGGCCAGCUCACUCUCCAGCCCUUCGGCAACAUUACCGCCUCUCCCUCCAAGUAUUUUGACAUCUACUCCGGUUGGCUCGCAUGUGUCCUCAUGAACGGAAUUCCGCAGGCGCCAGCCGUGCCAUCGGGAUGUACUGUGACCGUGACGGGUGUCGGCAAGGAUAACAAUGUCGUUCCGGCGUAUACCGUCUCAUUCUCGCCCACAAACCUUUUAGCCACCUCUAUGGUCUUCUUCCAGUUGCCAGACACUUUCAGAAACCUCAUCAGUGUCACAUUCGGGAUAGCAACUUCAACUGUGUCCCCGGAACUUACCGUCUUGCUCCUCGACAAUCUCAGUGUGUGCAGCUAUUCCUGA